GGGUGGCAGAGAGAGGGACCGGGGACAGGAAAGACAGAGAUAAGGCACUGAGGUUCAGCUCCGAGGCUGAAGCAGCAAGGGGAGCAGGAGCAGUGCUGUGGGCACAGGAGACCCAAAUGUGGGUCCUGGCCCACCCGGACAGCACAGGAGCUCAGGGAGAGAGGGCUGUGGGUCCAAGGUGGUGCCGGGAGGCCGGCACAGUGAGCUAGCGAGGGCUGGGAAGAGGCAGCCGGCAAAAUAAUGCCCCAGGGGAAAAAGAGAAAGCAAGACAUUGACUUCAUAGCGCUGUAUGAGGCGGAGCUGCUGAACUAUGCCUCAGAUGAGGACGAGGAAGAGCUGGAGCACGACUACUACAAGCCCAGAGUGUACGAGGUGGUCACAGCCACAGGGGAUGUUCGUGGCGCAGGGACAGAUGCCAACGUCUUCAUCACCCUUUUUGGAGAGAAUGGGAGCUCUCCUAAGCUCCAGCUCAUCAGCAAGAGUCAAUCUGCCUUUUCGAAAGCCAACACUGACGUGUUCCGGGUGAGAACCAACAACGUGGGCCUCAUCUACAAAAUGAGGAUCGAACAUGACAACACGGGCUCGAGUCCCAGCUGGCACCUAGACCGUGUGAUUCUGACCGACCUAAAACGGCCUCACCUCUGUUACUACUUCAACUGCCGCAGCUGGCUGAGCAAGGUGGAAGGUGACCGCCAGUGGUGCCGUGACCUGUUGGCCAGCUUCAGUCCCAUGAAUGUGCCCCGAGGUAACCGGUAUGAAAUCAGGGUGUGCACUGGUGAUGUUGCUGGUGCAGGGACGGAUGCUGAAGUCUUUAUCAAUAUCUUUGGAGAGUACGGAGACACAGGGGAGCGGAGACUGGAAAGUGACAAGAAAAACUUUGAAAAGGCCUCUGAAGACAAUUUUACUCUGGAUGCCCCUAAUUUGGGGCAGCUGAUUAAGAUUGCUGUUGGCCACAACAACAAGGGGCCCUCUCCAGGUUGGUUCCUGAACAAGAUUGUCAUUGAGGAUGUUGCAAACAAAAGAAAAUAUGAUUUUCCUCUUAACCGCUGGCUGGCCUUGGAUGAAGAUGAUGGCAAAAUCCAAAGGACUAUCUUAGUGGGCGGAGCUGAGACCACAGCUCUCUCCUAUAUUGUCACCAUCUUCACUGGGGAUCUCCGAGGAGCUGAGACCAAAUCCAAAAUCUACUUGGUCAUGUACGGGGCCAGAGGGAAUAAGAACAGCGGGAAAAUCUUCCUGGAGGGUGGUGUGUUUGACCGUGCCCGUGCAGACAUCUUCCAGAUUGAGCUAGCUGUCCUCCUCAGCCCUCUGAGUCGGGUCGCCAUUGGGCAUUGCAAUGAUGGCUCCAAAAAAGGCUGGCACUGUGAGAAGGUGGUGAUUCUGUGUCCCUUCACGGGCAUCCAGCAGACCUUCCCUUGCGACAACUGGCUGGAUGAGAAGAAGGCGGAUGGGCUGAUCGAGAGGCAGCUCUAUGAGAUGGUGUCUCUCAAGAAGAAGAGGCUGAAAAAAAUCUGUUGGUCCCUGUGGGUCUUGACGACUGACCUGAGGAAAGCUGCUACCAACACUCCCAUCUCCAUCCAGAUUUUUGGGAGGAAGGGGCGGACGGAUGAGAUUGUCCUGAACUCCAACGGCCAGUGGUUAAGACCUGGCAUAUUUGAGAAGUUUAGGAUUGAGAUUCCGGACCUCGGCAGAUUUUAUAAGAUUCGGACAUGGCAUAAUAGUAUGAUUGCUGGUGCCGGAUGGCAUUUGGAAAGGAUGACUCUGAUGAACACUCUGACCAAGGACAAAUAUAACUUCAACUGCAAUCGCUGGCUGGAUGCGAAUGAGGAUGACAAUGAGAUUGUGAGGGAAAUGACUGCAGAGGGCCCAGCAGUGCGGAGGAUAAUGGACCUGGCCCGGUACCGUGUGAUUCUGUGCACUGGAAGCUUCGAAGGUGCGGGAACAGAUGCCAACGUCUACCUCUGCCUUUACGGUGACGCAGGGGACACGGGGGAGCGGCUGCUAUACAACUGCAGAAAUAACACCGUCAUGUUUCAGAAAGGCAAUGUUGACGAGUUCACCAUUGAGUCUGUCACCCUGCGGAAAGUGAGGCGGGUAAGAAUCAGGCAUGACGGUAAAGGCGGGAAUAGCGGCUGGUUCCUGGAGCGGGUGCUGGUGCGAGAGGAGGGACAGCCUGAGAGUGACAACGUGGAGUUCCCGUGUCUCAGGUGGCUGGACAAGAAUAAGGACGAUGGGCAGGUGGUCCGAGAGUUGCUACCCAGCGACAGCAAUGCGACACUGAAGAACUUCCGCUAUCACAUCAGCUUGAAGACGGGGGACGUCCCUGAGGCGAGCACAGAUUCCCAAGUCUACAUCAAGCUCUAUGGGGACAAAUCCGACACCAUCAAGCAAGACCUUCUUGCCUCCGACAACAACCUGAAAAAACGUUUUGAAUGUAACCAGGUGGACGAGUUCACCAUCGAGACCCUGAACAUUGGAACUGACCAAUACUUCCGCUAUCACAUCAGCUUGAAGACGGGGGACGUCCCUGAGGCGAGCACAGAUUCCCAAGUCUACAUCAAGCUCUAUGGGGACAAAUCCGACACCAUCAAGCAAGACCUUCUUGCCUCCGACAACAACCUGAAAAAACGUUUUGAAUGUAACCAGGUGGACGAGUUCACCAUCGAGACCCUGAACAUUGGAACUGUGGAGCUGUAUCCCAGCGAGGUUGUGGAGAUCCAGAAAAUGGUCCACUAUGAGGUUGAGAUUUUGACGGGGGAUGUGGGCGGCGCGUACACCACUGCCCGUGUCUACAUACAGAUCUAUGGCGAGAAAGGCAAGACAGAGGUGCUCUACCUCUCCAGCCGCUCAAAAAUUUUCAAUCGGGCAGCCACAGACACGUUCCAGCUGGAAGCGGUUGACGUGGGCGAGAUCUUUAAGAUCCGGCUGGGGCACACGGACGAGGGCUCCUCGCCCGCCUGGUUCGUGGACACGCUGUGGCUGCGGCAGUUGCUGGUGCUGGAGGUGGAGCUCACCCCCGAGGAGGAGGAGCAGAAGCAAAAGGAGAAGGCCAAGCUGGAGCAGCUGCUCAAGAAGGAGCGGCUGAAGGCCAAGCUGCAGAAGAAGAUGAAGAAGAAAAAGGGCAGCGAGGAGGAGGAGGAGGAGGAGAAAGAGGAAGAGGAGUCUUCAUCGGAGGAGUCGUCCUCUGAAGAGGAGGAGGAGGAGACUGAGGAGGAGGAGGAGGAGGAGGAGUUCGGGCCGGGCAUGGAGGAGGUGGUUGAGGAGUACAAGUUCAUUGCUAACCGCUGGCUGGCCCGGAACAAGGAGGACAAUGAGAUUGUCGUGGAGCUGGCGCCUGUUGGCGAUACCGUUCCUGAGCCCAACACCUAUACGGUCCAGGUGAUCACAGGGACCGUGCCCAAUGCUGCCACCAGUGCCAACGUCUACCUGACCAUCUAUGGUCAAGAGUAUGGGGACACAGGCGAGCGGCCUCUGAAGAAUUCGGACAACUCCAGCAAGUUUAAGCAGGGGCAGACAGACACCUUCACCGUCGCCGCCUUUGACCUGGGGCCCCUGAUCAAAGUUCGGGUUCGUCAUGACAAUGCAGGCGGCAGUGGAAGCUGGUUCCUGGACAGAAUAGACAUCACCGACAUGAACAAGGAGACCACGUACUACUUCCUGUGCCAACGCUGGCUGGCAGUGGAUGAAGAUGAUGGGCAACUAUUCAGGGAGCUGCUGCCAGUGGAUGAGUCCUAUGUGCUAACGGACGAUGAGAACCCGGGUGGUGACAACUCCCUCGACAACAUGGGCCUAGAGCAGAAAGAUAAAUGUACCACAUUCUCAGUGACCGUAAAGACUGGGGACAAAAAGGAUGCAGGCACCGAUGCCAACGUCUUCCUCACGCUCUAUGGCACGCUAGAAAACACUGGUAAGAAAGCAAUGCGGGGCCACACACAUUCUCCCCAGGGAGACUGGAAGGCUCCAGCAGCAUGUUCCAAGGAAAUCCUGGUUGAAACCACCCUGUGGAAGCCCUUGAUGGGUUCUGUGUCUUCUCUCCUUCCAGGCAAGUCUCCGAGCUGGUUUUUAGAGUGGGUAGAGGUUGAUGCCCCAUCGCUUGGCAAGUGCAUGACAUUCCCCUGCGGCCGCUGGCUGUCCAAGGAUGAAGACGACGGGGCCAUCGUCAGGGAUCUCUUCCACGUGGAGCUGCAGACGAGGCUGUACACACCAUGUAGGAACUAUACACAGCAAGGCUGCUCUGCUUCCAGGCUCCAUCGCCCGCUCCCCCAACUGGGUCCCAAUCCCUCCUUCAGGGUCCACUCUGUGCCAGGCCAACCUUACCCAGAUGCUCAUAGGGAUGAGUUAGAAGAUGUGGGAGAUAUCAUUGAAAAAAUUCGGAUUGGCCACGAUAAUACGGGUAUAAAUCCUGGGUGGCACUGUGCCUACGUGGAAAUCCGCAGGCUCCUCCCAGAUAAAGAUGGUUCAGAGACCUUUACUUUCGCUUGUGAUCGAUGGCUCGCCACCUCAGAGGAUGAUAAGAAGACCAUUCGAGAACUGGUCCCUUUUGACAUCUUCACUGAGAAAUACAUGAAAGAUGGGUCCUUAAGGCAAAUCUACACAGAAGUGGAGGAGCCGCUGGACAUUGUGCUAUACUCGGUACAGAUCACCACAGGAAACGUUCCUGGGGCAGGGACGGAUGCCAAGGUGUACAUCACCAUCUACGGAGACCUGGGGGACACCGGGGAACGGUACCUUGGCAAGUCAGAGAACCGCACCAACAAGUUCGAGAAAGGAACGUCUGACACCUUCAUCAUUGAGGCUGCUGACCUGGGCGUCAUCUACAAGAUCAAGCUCCGCCAUGACAACACCAAGUUGUGUGCAGACUGGUACGUGGAGAAGGUGGACAUCUGGAACGACACCAACGAGGAUGAGUUCCUGUUCCUGUGCGGGCGCUGGCUGUCCCUGAAGAAGGAGGAUGGGCUGCUUGAGAGGCUUUUUUAUGAGAAGGAGUACACUGGGGACCGGAGCAGCAACUGCAGCAGCCCCGCUGACUUCUGGGAGAUCGCCCUGAGCUCCAAGAUGGCAGGCGUCGACAUCGCCACAGUGACGGGGCCCAUGGUCAACUACGUUCAGAAGGGCACAGUUAUUCCCUACUAUGUCUCAGUCACCACUGGGAUGGACAAGGAUGCAGCCACCAACAGCCGGGCCUUCGUCAUCCUCAUCGGGGAGGAUGAGGAGUACAGUAAUCGAAUCUGGCUGGACCACCCCCGAGGGAAGAAGGGCUUCAGCUGCGGCUCUGUGGAGGAGUUCUAUGUCGGAGGCUUGGAUGUGGGCGUCAUCAAGAAAAUAGAGCUGGGCCAUGAUGGAACCGCCCCGGAGAGCUGCUGGCUGGUGGAUGAGCUGUGUUUGGCUGUGCCCACACAAGGCACCAGGUACACACUGCGCUGCAAUUCCUGGCUCGCCAAGGAACGAGGAGAUGGCUUCACCUCCUGUGUCUUCGACCUCCUAGAUGCCACAGUGGUGAACAUCGGGGUGAAGGUGCUCCACGAAAUGACGGUGUGGACAGGUGAUGUGGUGGGCGGUGGCACCGACUCUAACAUCUUUAUGACCCUUUAUGGCAUGUAUGGCUGCACAGAGGAAGUGCAACUGGACAAAAAGAAGGCCAGAUUUGAGCGGGAACAGAACGACACCUUCCUCAUGGAGAUCCUGGACAUCGCUCCAUUCACCAAGAUGCGGAUCCGGCUUGACGGCCUGGGCAGCCGGCCCGAGUGGUUCCUGGAGAGGAUCCUCCUGAAAAACAUGAACACUGGAGACCUGACCAUGUUCUACUAUGGAGACUGGCUGUCCCAGCGACAGGGCAAGAAGACCCUGGUGUGUGAAAUGUGCGCCGUAAUCGACGGAGAGGAGAUGAUGACGAAGACGACUUACUCCAUCUCAGUUAAGACCAGUGACAUCCUGGGUGCAGGCACCGAUGCCAACGUGUUCAUCAUCAUCUUUGGGGAGAAUGGGGACAGCGGGACCCUGGCCCUGAAGCAGUCAACCAACUGGAACAAGUUUGAGCGCAACAACAUGGACAAGUUCAAAUUCACUGACAUGCUGAGCCUGGGCCACCUCUGCAAGCUGAGGGUCUGGCACGACAAUAAAGGGAUAUUUCCUGGCUGGCACCUGAGCUACAUUGACGUGAAGGACAACGCCCGGGACGAGACCUUCCGCUUCCAGUGUGACUGCUGGUUCUCCAGGAAUGAGGGUGACGGACAGAUACUUCGCGACUUUGCCUGUGCCAACAACGAGAUCCAUGAUGAGCUGGAGGAAACCACCUACGAGAUCGUCAUAGAAACAGGCAAUGAAGGAGAAACCAGGGAAAAUGUCUGGCUCAUCCUCGAGGGCAGGAAGAACCGAUCCAAAGAGUUCCUCGUGGAAAAUUCUGGCAAACAGCAACAGCGGGUCUUUAGGAAGGGGACCACAGACAUUUUUGAGUUUGACAGCGUCUAUUUGGGGGACCUUGCCGGCAUCUGUGUAGGCCACCUCGCCAGGAAUGAGCGGUUCAUCCCCAACAGAGAACUGCUCUGGCACGUCAAGACCAUCACCAUCACCGAGCUGGAGUAUGGAAAUGUGUACUUCUUUGACUGCGACACCCUCAUCCCCCUCAAGAGGAAGAGGAAGUACUUCAAGGUGUUUGAAGUCACCAAGACCACCGAGAGCUUUGCCAGCAAGGUCCAGAGCCUGGUGCCCGUCAAGUACGAGGUCAUCGUGACCACUGGCUGUGAGCCAGGGGCGGGCACUGACGCCAAUGUCUUUGUGACCAUCUUUGGGUCCUAUGGGGACACAGGCAAGCGGGAGUUGAAGAAGAAAAUGCGCAACCUCUUCGAGCGAGGCCAAACGGACCACUUCUUCCUGGAGACGCUGGAGCUGGGCGAGCUGCGCAAGGUGCGUGUGGAACAUGACAGCAGCGGCUACUCCUCGGGCUGGCUGGUGGAAACGGUGGAAGUCACCAACACCAGAACUGGAGUGGCCACCAUCUUCAAAUGCGGCAGGUGGCUUGACAAGAAGCGAGGGGAUGGGCUCACCUGGAGAGAAAUCUUCCCUUCUGUCUGAGGGGCUGCAGGCCCUCCUGCUCACCCUCUCACCCAGCUGCUCCUAGGCACACCUUCCCGUCCCCACCUUGGCUUCCAGCAGUCUUUUUCUGAAGCCACCUGGAGCUGGGCCUGGGGACCAAUAGGUGGCAUGUGGCACUGUGGACCAGAACUUUGUGGUCCUUUGGAGACCACUGCAGGUGACUGCUAAUGGAGUUCUGCAUCUCACCCCACCCCGUCUCCUGGACCUACAGGAAUCAAUCAACAUGUGUCAUAAUCCGUGGCUGCACAAAAAUAACUUUUUGCAUUUUCUCUUCUGGUAACAGUGGUGACCAGGCUAAGAUUUGCUGCCAGGUGUGGAUGGGAAAUUGGGGCUUCACCCAGAGGAUGGAAGUGGGGAAGAAGAGGUCAUCAAGAUGGUGUAUUUUAAGCAACAACUAAUUAACACUUUCCCCCCACCCUUACCCCCCCCCAUAAAGCUCAGCUAAUUAAAUUAUUACCAACCAUACCCCACAAAGAACUCACCUUGGCAUCUGCUCACUAAAAAUGCACGCUUUCCCCCAGUUUCAAUAAAUCCAGGGCAAAUGGAGAAACACAUCAGGAGGAAGUGUUUUUGCCAAGGGGAUUUAUGAGCCUGGGGAAAGGUACUUGAUUCCAUCACAUUCCAGAGAACGCAUUGCCAAGUGCCCACCGGUUGCCCCAGCCUGUGAUUCCACAGUUUGAGAUGUGGAGACCUAAGCAGAAGGUGAUGGGAAACAAUGCCUAGAACAGCAUUCAGGCUGGGAGCGGAGAAGGGGGCAUCGGGGUGAGUUAGCACCUAUUGCCUGUGGCUCACUGUGGACCAUGUGGAUUGAGAGCGGCCCUUCAGGGCGCCAUGACCUUGACGUAGAGGCAUCAGGAGAACCACACACUCAUGUGCACAUAUACCCCCCGUCCAACCCCCCCAACACACACACACACACACACACAUUCCCUGAUAGACAGUCACAAAGGGCAAUGCACAGCAAGAGUGCAGCUGAACCGAGUCCCUCUGAUUUUCCACAGAGGGGGCCUGAACGGGAAGGUACAUUAGGCCAAAGUCUUUCUAUAGGCAGGCACCCCAGUAAAGGUUUCCCUUGCCCUGCUUUGUCACCCUGUGCCUCUAGCACAGACGGGUGUAAAUUCUUAGCAAGGCUUCAUGGCUCUGAGGCAAGUUUUGGGACGUGUCAGGGACUCUUGGAGAGAGGCCGAGGUUGAAGGGACAGGCUCAGAGACAGCCUGCCUAGGCUUGAGUGCCAGCUCCCCGCUCGCCCGCUGGGAGAGCUUGGACACAUUAUUUCAUCUCUUAGGUCUCAGUCGUCGUCAGUCGUCGUCAUCUGUGAAACAGGGAGCAUGAUAGCACCUAUCUCGUAGGUUAUUAUGUGGACUAAAUUAGUUCAUACGCAGUUUUAACUCCGCACCUGUGUUGAAAGUUAUGUCCAUCAUGAUCAAGACUCAAGGGGCCUGUGCCGUGCUGGAGGACAAGUAAUCCUUAAACAGCUUUACUGUAUCCUUUUCUGUGGAACUGAUUCUUCCUCUGCCCCUCAAUGAAAAUUUAGGCAAGGCCUCGCAACUCUUCCGGGCUUUCUCGGGUCAUAAAAAGUCCAACAACCACUUUAAGUCACAAGGUCCAUCGCAAGUCUGUAAUUUAAAUGUCUGGCUCCAAUAUAAAUUCCAAAAUGUCA